GUGGGCCCAAGGGCCACUUGCCGGGAUGCCUUUGCAAGGCCUGUCGCGCUGAAACGCUUGGCGUGAGCAGCUUCGGCUGUGGAGCAUGUGGCAGUGGCUGUGGCGGCGGCUGCGGCGGCUGCGGCGGCUGCGGCGGCUGCGGCGGCUGCGGCGGCUGCGGCGGCUGCGGCUGCGGGGGGGCGGCGGCUGCGGCGGCUGCGGCGGCGGCGGCUACGGCGGUGGUGGCGGAGGUAGUGGUGGCACACCGCUUUACGAUAGCCGCGACGACGGCAAAGAAAUUGUGAGAGUCGUGAAGAACCAUCUUCCAGGGUGCCUGUGCAAAGAAUGCCAGUCCAUGCUGGAAGACGCCCCGCUGGGCUGCGGCCCCGCCAUGGCCGCGUCCCUCGCCGCCGCCGCGGCCGCCGCGGUCUCGGACUGGUGGGGAAGCGAUGGUAACUGGUGGGACGACUGGUGGGACGAUGGUAGCUGGUGGGCAGGCUGGGACGACGGCUGGGGCAUGGGCGCCUCCAUGGGACCCCCGGCCGCGUGCGGCGAGUGGGGAGGAUGGGAAGGCCCGUCCGGUGCGCAGCCCGUGCAGACUUUGCCGGCGCUGCAGGGCCCGGGCGACCUUCUGGAUGAAGUGAACAAGUUCUGCGACAAGUACGAUUUGUCGGAUGAUCACCGGAGACUGGUCGCGAACUCGCUCAGCAAGUGCGGCGAGCUUUGGGUCCACGACCUCAAAGAGCUGGACCAUGCGCUGGGCAAGGCUCGGAGCCCGCAGAGUCUGCUGCCCACCCGGCUCCGGGAACUCGAGGCGUUGCGGGGCUUCAUGACCAAGGCGAAGCAGGGCCAUUUGCCCGGGUGCAUGUGCCCCAACUGCAAGGAGAGCUCCUUCGCGCGGGCCGUGGGCACGGAGGGCACCAGCGAGGCUAAGAGCUUGAACGCGGCGGCGCUCUUCGCGUACCAACACGAGCAGGAGGCAUUAGGAGGCCCCAGGGAGGACGAGCCGGACUUCGCUUUCGGGGACAAGAAAGGCAAGGGCAAGGGCAAGCCCUUGGUCCUCCCCCAAGGGGAAUUGCUGCCGGAGGUGAAGGCCUUUUGCUCGCGCUUCGCACUCACAGACCGACUCACCACGAAAGUGAUGGACACCUUGCGGAAGCGGGGGGACCCUGAGUGGCGACACGACCUGGCGGAGAUGAACAGGGACUUGUCCAAAGCGCGAAACCCCUCGGGUCUGCUGGUGGUGAAGCUCGGCGACCUCCAGAAGGAGCUGAACCCCAACCAGCUUUGCUUCAACUACCGUGCAGGAACCUGUACUUGGGGCGACAAGUGCAGAUGGUCCCACGACGUGGCGGUGGGCGCGGAGCGCAUGAAGACCUCCGCACUGCUGGCCGCGGCGGCGAAGGGCACCAUGGCUUCGCUGCCGACGCCGGCAGUUGACCCCUCAGUGCAACCGGGCUUUGGGAGCGAUGGCGCCGGCAAGGUGGAUAAGAUCCUGCGGAGGAACCAGCGCCGCUCUCCGUCUGCUGAGCGGGUGCCAAGCCCUCCUCGGAACGACUUCCCGCGAGAGCCUUUGAGGCGCAAUCCGAGCCGAGAACGGUGCCAGCGAGAUGAGGCUCGCAGCCCACGCGACAGUUUUCGAGACGACCGUGGCCGCGACCGCCAAGGCCUUCACGACUUGUCCGGCCCCCGUAACCGCGACCGUGAUGGCCCGCCACGCGAGCGCGACGGCCGCGACGGCUACCCGCCUCGCGAGAGCUACCGCAGCCCGCCGCGGGACGGCUACCGCAGUCCGCCACGGGAUGGCUACAGCGGCCCGCCACGGGAUGGCUACAGCGGCCCGCCACGAGAUGGCUACCGCAGCCCGCCUCGUGAUGGCUACCGCAGCCCGCCUCGUGAUGGCUACCGCAGCCCGCCACGUGAUUACCGCAGCCCGCCCCGGGACGGCUACCGCAGCCCGCCGCGAGAUGGCUACCGCAGCCCGCCACGGGACGAGCGGUACCGCGACCGGGGUGACUCGUUUCGCGAGCGGAACGAUCGUGAGCCUUUGCGCCGGUCGCGAAGUCCACGGGCACGGAGACGGGGCUGGGAGUGACCAGUCCCACGCACGGAUCGCCUCGAGAUCGAGUGUUCGGCUUCUGGAGA